GACGGCUGGAGGCAAGAUUCCCGCGGAGCUCCAGGAGGCGGCCUUUGGGGUGGGGGCGGGGGCUGGGCAGACGGAAACCAUCUGCCUGCGAGGACCCAGGGGCACUGGGCAAGCUAAAUGACAGCUGGCCCCAGUGGACAUGGUGAAGAAGCUGGUGAUGGCUCAGAAGCGGGGAGAGACCCGAGCCCUGUGCCUGGGCGUGGCCAUGGUGUUGUGCGCGGUGAUCACCUACUACAUCCUCUGCACCACCAUGCUGCCCCUCUACCAGAGGAGCGUGUGGACCCAGGAGUCUACCUGCCACCUGAUUGAGACCGACAUCAGGCACCAGGAGGAGCUGGAGGGCAGGAAGGUGUCCCCGUACCCGUGCCUGUGGGUCAACGUCUCGGCCGUGGGCAAGUGGGCCGUGCUGUACCACACGGAGGACACUCGGAGCCAGAACCAGCAGUGCUCCUACAUCCCGGACAGCCUGGACAACUACCAGAUGGCCCGCGCCGACGUGGAGAAGGUCAGGGCCAAUUUCCAGAAGCACCAGGUUUUCUACUGCUUCUCGACGACCCAGGAGAACGAGACGAGCGUCCUGUACCAGCGUCUCUACGGGCCCCAGACCCUCCUCUUCUCCCUCUUCUGGCCCACCUUCCUGCUGACCGGUGGCCUCCUCGUGAUUGCCAUGGUGAAGCUUAACCGGUCCCUCUCCAUCCUGGCAGCCCAGAGGUAGACGGGCCCACGCCACAUGGCCACGCAGGCCACAGGCUUCAAUCUGCAGUUGAUGGAGUCCACUGGGGCGGAACCUCCACCCGAGGGCGGAUUCACACAGAACAACAAAAGGCGACAGGAAAUAAAACAAAGGCGACUAUCAGCA